AUGGCAUCACAGCAGUAUCCAUCUCAAGGAGCUUAUCCUCCACCAGGUGCUGCUCCACCACCUUACGUGGCGUAUGACCCUGCACCUGCACCAGGACAUGUGCCACCACCACAGCCGCCACCACCAGCCGCCCAUGGAGCAGCUAAUGUCAAAGCUGAAAAGCCAGCACAGAAAGAGAAGAAAGGAUUUUUCAGUUCCUUCAUGAAGGAAGCAGAAAAAGUCGGCAAACAAAUCGGAGUGGAGCUGGACAAAGCUGGCAAGUCAAUUAAUGAAACUGUCGACAAGAAUUAUACUUCAGCCUUGCUGGAUCUGUUCAAAACAGGAAACGUAGUUCAGCUGAUCUCCAGGGUUACUGGGAAGACGGUCCAGAUUGUGGUCAAUCCUGUUGGUCAGCUGGUCAUUGAUGCUAAUGGACCUCUUGAUCCAAAUGCGUUUAACACCUUGUGGACGGUUACAAAUGAAGGCAACAACCAGGUUCGUCUCCACAACUUCAACAACUACAUCACCAUCGCUGAUGGUCUCAUUGUUGUCAAGACCUAUCCACCUGACACACCACAUGGCCUGGAGACAAAGUUUCAGCUGAUCCAGAUUCAGCAGCAGUUCAUCAUAUUUGAGUCACUGAAAGAAAAGACUCGCCAUCUGGCGUUCUUGCCUGCUGGGCAGCUGAAGCCUGCACUGGCUGCUGGCAAAGAGCCAGAUUCACACUUUGGGGUUAAACUUGUGUCUACAGCCUACCCAGUCAUCACUCCAGUUGUAACCAAACACAAGUGA